AUGCUGUAGCUGGGUUGUUGUUGUCAGAAUUUAAAGGGGAUACCGGAUUGCAAACCGCCCCCUCCUUGCUCCAGCCUGGAUCGCAGUUAUAGAACCGACCCGAGCGUCGCCGAGCACCCAGUACCUCUGACAGAAACAGGAUAGGCAGCGAGAGAGAGACAAACAGACAGAGGCAGGAAGACACGAUCCCGGAGAUCAGUCCGAGACAGACCAGUUGACCUGGUCUUGCUGGUGGGAAGGAUGAGCUCUAAGUGGGGCGGCACGGCGCUGUCCCACCGCAGCUACAGGCUGGCCUCUGACACAGACAUGCCCAAAGUGGCAGGAAUCGUCAAUGAGAAGCUGUUGAGUGACUAUCUGAACCACAUAUUCCCCAGCACCAGCAAGCCCCAGCAGCCAGCAGCAGCUUUCAGGAAGCCGCUAACCUUUCUGGAUCUGGGGGAUCACUUGGACAGGCUGCUAGCAGAAGGGGAGCCUGCUGAGGAGAGCAAAGAUGUUGAUGGGCGUCUGGGCCCUCCCACUGUUGUCCUGGACCACACCAGCGGCUUCGAGGGGCUGCUCUUAGUGGACGAUGACCUCCUAGGGGUUAUUGGACACAGUAAUUUCAGCUCCAUCAGAGCUACCACCUGUGUGUUCAAAGGGAAGUGGAGCUAUGAGGUGUUGAUCUCCUCUCAAGGUUUGAUGCAGAUUGGCUGGUGCACUCUGAACUGCAGGUUUAACCAGGAGGAGGGAGUGGGAGACACGGCGGACUCGUACGCCUAUGAUGGGAACCGGGUGCGCAAGUGGAACGUCACCACCACCAACUACGGCAAGUCCUGGGCUGCAGGGGAUAUUGUGACCUGUCUAAUAGACCUGGAUGAAGGGACGAUCUCAUUCUGCCUGAAUGGCCAGUCUCUGGGCAUUGCAUUCAAUUCCAUUAAGAUCGGUCCUGGCCUGGCCUACUUCCCUGCCAUCAGCCUGUCCUUCAAGGAGUCUGUGGCGUUCAACUUUGGCAGCCGGCCACUCCGCUACCCUGUCGAGGGCUACCAGCCCCUGCAGGAUCCACCAAGCGCGGACCUCCUGAAAGCACAGAGGCUGCUGGGAUACAUAAAGAAUGUCUUCACCACGAAAAUCGACACGCAGGAGGGAAAGCUGGUGGAGAAGGACAGUGCUGCCUGGGAGCUGCAGGGGGAGCCCACGGUGCUGGUGACGCUGGCUCAUAUCUUCAAUCACUUUGCUCCCUUAAUGUGCAAGGUGUACCUGGUGGAGGGCGUCCUCAUGCGCUUCCUGCUCAGUAUUCUGGAGGGGGGCGGCUCUGUGGAUGAACACCCCCUCAUACAGCAGCUGCUGGACCUCAUGUGGCUGCUGAUGGAGGACUAUGAAGUGAACGAGUGUUUGAAGCAGCUGAUGAUGUCACUCCUAAGGGCUUACAGAUUCUCUCCCAUCAUCCCUGAUCUGGGCUUCCAGAUUCAUUAUCUCCGGCUGACGACGGCCAUCCUCCGACACGAGAAAUCCAGAAAGUACCUGCUAAGCAACGUCCUGUUCGACGUGCUGCGCUCCGCUGUGUUCUUCUACAUCAAGACUCCUCUGCAAGUGAAGGAGGCUGGCCUGGAGGAGCUCAUCCCUACCACCUGGUGGCCCUGUCACUUCGACAAGGAGGGGAGGGACGAGCGUGAGGCGCGAGAGGAGAGUCCAGAGGAGAGGCUGAGGCGCAGGGCCUAUGAGCGGGGCUGCCAGCGGCUCAAGAAACGCAUUGAAGUCGUGGAGGAGCUGCAGGUCCAGAUCCUGAAGCUUCUGCUGAACAACAAGGACAAAGGGACGGGUGAAGCUUCCCGGUACAUCUUCCUGAAUAAAUUCCGCAAGUUUCUACAGGAAAACGCCAGCAACAGAGGGAACCCCACAGUGCUGUGUCCCCCGGAGUACAUGGUGUGUUUCCUGCAUCGUCUCAUCGCUGCAGUGCGCUUCUACUGGGAGGAGAGCAAGCGCAAGAGCUCUGGAGUGCUGGGCAGUGAAGAGGCCUACGUCCCUCCUCAGCUCUUCUACAAUGGGAAGGUGGACUACUUUGACCUGCAGAGGCUGGGCGGCCUUCUCUCCCACCUGAAGAAAACCCUCAAAGAUGACCUGGCGUCUAAAGCAAACAUCAUCAUCGAUCCGUCUGAGAUCCAGGCCAUGUCCAUGGAUGAACUUGAUGAGGACGAGGAGAACGGGACAGUCCAGAGGCCCGCCGGUGCCACUGCGAUGGGCGGGGCCCUGGCUAGACCCAGCUGGCUGAGCUCUCCCACGCUGGGCCGUGCUAACCGCUUCCUCAGCACCGCCGCGGUCAGCCUCAUGAGCCCACGCCGACCCCUGGGCACUCCCGAGAGGAUGAAGGUGCGCACGCUCUCCGUGGAGCAGAGAACGGAGGAGGACAUUGAAGGUAGCCAUGGUAACGAUGGCUUGUUGCAGGGGCGACCCCCUGAGGAGUCGGAUCAGCCAAUCGCAGAGAAGUCCCUGCUGGAGAUUGUGGAUGGCAUUGUGAUGAUGUACAACCUGAGUGUGCACCAGCAGCUGGGCAAGAUGGUGGUUGUGUCGGAUGAUGUCCACGAAUAUGCAGUCGCCCUGAAGGACACGGAGGAGAAGAUUGCUCGUUGCCCCAAGCAGAGGGAGGAUAUCCUGGAGGAGCUGGUGAAGAGUCAGAAGGUCUUUACAGAGAAGCUCAAUCACCUGAGCCGACGGCUUGCCUGGAUCAACGCUACCAUCUACUCCAAGGAUAAGAUGCUGGAUAUCUACUGGCUGCUGCGUGUGUGUAUCCGCUCCAUCGAGCACAUGGACAGGACGGGCUCCCUGUUUGCAUUCACCCCAGAGUUCUACCUCAACGUGGCGAUGAACAGCUACAGCGCCCUCAAGAACUACUUCAGCCCUUCCAACAGCAUGGAUGAACUGCCAGGCUAUGAGGAAACACUGACCCAGCUGGCUGCUCUUCUAGCUAAACACUUUGCAGACCCCCGGAUCGUGGGCACAGAUAUCAAGGACUCGUUGAUGCAGGCACUAGCCAGCUAUGUGUGUUACCACCAGUCACUGCGAGCAGUGGAGCGCAUUCCUGAGGAACAGAGGGUGGCCAUGAUGAAGAACCUGCUGGCUCCCUACGAGCAGAGACCCUGGGCACAGACUAACUGGAUCCUCGUGCGCCUCUGGAGGGGCUGUGGCUUCGGUUACAGAUACACACGGCUCCCUCACUUGCUCAAAAUCAAACCUGAGGAUGCCAACCUGCCCAGUCUACAGAAGCCCUGCCCCUCUAUCUUGCUCCAGAAGCACAUGGCAGACCUCCUGAGCAGAGACAAGGAGAUGGCAGCCAGCUUCCUCAACAGCGUUCUCAACCAGCUCAACUGGGCCUUCUCCGAGUUCAUCGGAAUGAUCCAGGAGAUCCAGCAGGCUGCGGAGCGGCCCGAGAGGAACUUCGUGGACACACGGCAGCUCAAGGUGUGUGCGACGUGCUUCGACCUGUCCGUCAGUCUUCUGCGGGUGCUGGAGAUGACCGUCACCCUCGUCCCUGAGAUCUUCCUGGACUGGACUCGCCCCUCCGCAGAGCUGCUGCUGCGCCGCCUUGCACAGCUGCUCAACCAGGUUCUGAACAGGGUCACUGCAGAGAGGAAUCUCUUUGACCGGGUCGUCAACCUGCGCCUGCCAGGACUGGAGAGCGUGGAUCACUACCCUAUCCUGGUGGCUGUGACUGGGAUACUUGUCCGUAUUCUUGUGGACUGUGAAAUGCAGGGGGUAGCUCGUGCCGCUGCAGUCCUGCUGUCUGAUCCCAGCUUCCAGCUGCACUCCAUCCAGCACCUCCUGGGAGAAUCAGAGCUCUUGUCUUCAUUCAGGGCAGCCCCACCAUCUGCAGAGCGCAAACACUUCUCCUUGCACACCUACACAGAUUACAUCAGCCCAGAGGAGCAGCAGAAGGUGGAGAGGAUGCUGUCCUUCCUGACCAACGAGUCCAAGGAGGCUGCUGCCAGUGCUGCGCCCACCAGUGAAGAGGACUUGUGUCCGAUCUGCUAUGCACACCCCAUCUCCGCCGUCUUCAAACCCUGCUCCCACAAAUCCUGCAAAGCCUGUAUCAACCAGCACCUGAUGAACAACAAGGAGUGUUUCUUCUGCAAAGCCACCAUCACUGGAGUGGACGAUUACAGCAAGCCCCCAGCCUCCUAGCACCAGCCAGCCAGCCAGCCAGCCCUCGAGAGGCAGGGCCACACGCACAGACACAUCCGCUCACACUGAUGCAUGGCUUCAGAAACUGAGUCAGCGUUAUUCAAAAUAAAAUCUAAUAAAAUGAAUGUGAUGGCUGUCACCGGUAGUACGGGGCUGGUGAUUUCCUACCUCUUACACAUUAUAAAUCAGGGAAAGGUCUUUCUACAGUUAAAUUGUGUACAACAAUUUACUGUCAUGGGCUAACCGAGAAUUAUCAAAUGGUGAAAUACCAAGGGAGUGCUACACAUUACUGUUUAAAGAAACGCAUUACUGCCAUGAAACUGAACAAAAAACCCUUUUCUUGAAAUAACAUUAAAUGUGUCUUAAUAUAGAAUAGGUUUGAUUUUCUUACUAACUCCAUAAUUAACAAAACCGAGGUUAUAUACAAAGAGGCUUUCCCCAAUCCCUCCUUCACACUCCGUAGCUCACAAACUCAACAGGUCACACAGGUAGACUAGGCCAUAUGCAUGCAUGUUACUAGGAAUAGGGAACAGAUUCAAUAUGGAUAGAGUUAAACCCCUUAUCCAAUUUGAAUUCAAAGUACACUACAAACUGGAUCCUUGUUGAUUUUCAAGGACAUAUUUUAAACGGAUGUCCUUAAAAAUAAAAUAUAUAUAGAAGUUUCCUGAAUUUUGUGAGGACCUCUGGGAUCCCCAAAGCCUAGUUUGAGAUCUAUAGCUCUUUCCUCAGCGCAACUGAAACUAGGCCUGGCAAUGUGGUGUUGGUUUUAGUUCUGUGACAGCAUUUCUGUAUCUAUUUAGAGGUAUUGUAGACCUCUGUGCAUUUCUGAAUCUCAACAGUCUCCUCUUGGUUCUCUCUGGUAGACCUCUGUGCAUUUCUGAAUAGCAAAAUGCUCCUCUUGGUUCUCUCCAGUAGACCUCUGUGCAUUUCUUCACAUUGAAUCCAGUGUUGAAGCUGCAUGGCCUCGCCAAGCACAAGCACAAUUAUUUAGUAAUUUAGCAGACGCUAUCCAAAGUGACUUACAGAGACUUGGGGGUGAGCUGUGCAUCAACAACUGCUACUACAGUCACUUAAGUAGGACCUCAGUAUUACGUCUCAUCCGAAGGAUGGAGCUGACUUGCUCAGGGUCACACACAGUGAGUCAGUGGCUGAGCUGGGAUCUGAACUGGGAACCUCCCUUCUUUUAACCACUGGACCACCAAGCACAAGAGGUCUUCUCUGUGGACAAGCAUUCAGCGAUUUUUUUUCUGUGACGGGCAUAAAGGUAACUGUUCAUUCAUGCAAAUAUUUGGACUUUUUCAGGAAUUUAUUUUUCUAAUGGCUGGCCUUAUGGCCUUCUCAGUGGUGAGACUGCCAGGUGCAUUAAAGGAUGGGUGUAGGUUGCAGUUCACCUUACACAACAUGCAUCUCCUGUACAGUUGUAGUCAAAAGUUUACAUACUGCAAUGGAAAUGUGUUAUUCUAGAAAUUUGUCAAAAACAAAUAAUUAUAGGAAAAAAGAUUUGUAGCAAAAGUUUUGCUUUUGUGGAUGAGGAAAAAAAGUUUCAGAAAUAGAUGUCUACAUUAUUUAUUUCAGCAAUUUUUUUGCAAAACUCUAAUUCAAAAGUAUUCAUACCCUGACAAGGAAAAUUAAAUGAAUAGCUAGGUGAGGCACCUUUAGCAAUAAUAACCUCUUUUAAACGAUUAGGAUAUUUGUCAGUGAGCUUUUGGCAUGAUUCUUUUGUGAUUUUUUUUUACCAUUCUUCAAUGCAAAAUUGUUCCAGUUCAUUCAAAUUCUGAGGACUUCUCUUGUGCACAGCCUUCUUCAACUCAUACCAAAGAUUCUCAAUCGGAUUUAGAUCGGGACUUUCACUAGGCCAUUCCAGAACCUUGAUUUUAUUCCUUAACUAUUCUGAAGUAGACUUUGCUUUGGAUCAGAGAGUUUCAGAUGAUUGGCCAUAUUGUUUGGUAUGCUAUGGAAUCCAUUUUACCAUGUAUUGGAACUAAAUUUCCUGUGCCAUUAGAGGAAAAACAGCCCCAUAGAAGAAUAUUACCACUUUGCUAUGAAAAAAUGAUACAAAAAGGUCUAAGUCAAGCAAUGCACAGUAGGGGCUAAAAUACCCCUGAAAUGUAUUAUGUAACAGGCACUAUUAUGACUAAUGAUGUACUUGGCCAUUUUAAACUCCAUAGUCUUCUCUGAAAUCAUCCCCAUACUUUCCAAACCCUGGGUAUUCACCUACAACAGGACCUGGCUAUGCUACAAUAAUAACCUUGGAUUAGAAUAUAUAUCCCUGUUUCUUUUAUUUAUUUUGUACUUAUUACUUAUCUUACAAUAAUAUGUUCUGUGUGCUUCUCUGUUGUGUUUCUGUGUAGAUUACCAUCUAUUCCAGAAAAAGAUUUUUCAGGCAGAAACAGUUUAAAAGUAGACUUUUGCCACAAAGUGUCAAAAGACACAUUUUUUAAAGUAAUUUCAUUACUGUGGUUUACUUCUGCCUUUUUUUUCUAAUAUUUAUCAACUAUGUAAUUUAUGGCGAACACUGACUUGGCUUUUUGCCUUCAAAUUCAUGUGCAGCAAUGUUUGUUUAGAAUAUUUCAGAUAGUUUCUCCGCCACACUAAAGAAAAUAAUGAUUACUUCAUAAUAAUGAUAAUUACUGCAUACCGCUGUUUUCACGUUGCACUGCUAGUCGUCUCUCGUAGAUCAACGAAUGAGCACUGACACUAAGCAAAAUGGGCGGAGAUCUGUGACUCAUGCCAAAAUGAAAUCUGAUCAGAAUGAAAACUCGGCCAAUCAACAUGCAGUGAUUAUACUGACUUUAAUGGUGGCCAAUAGCAGCUAACAGAAACAGAAGCAGUACGAGGAAACAGAAUGCAGGCAACACAAACUCUGCUGAAUGAAAGCCAUUUAUAUAUAAGGGUUCAGUUCAGCUUUAGGAGGGAAGAAUAGUUUUGGAGCCAGGUAAGAUUUUGUAUUUAUUUUACAUUUUUUGGGGACUUUUUCUUAUUAACACAAACAUGCGUGUGCGUGCGGGUGUGUAGAGGCUGGAGAAACACUGGAGUCCUGGUCCGCUGUAUAUGCAUUGCAGAUGGGGGGGUUGCAGUUUCUGUUUAAAUGCAAUACUAAAUUGACCAUGUUUUUUUCUCUUUUUCUUUGUGAGAGUGCAAAUAUAUCUACAUACAGUAUAACUGCAUUAAAUGAUGUAUCCUAAUAAA